GCAGCAGCGCACCGAUCCUCUCCAUCCCAUGUGUUUGGAAGAAAGAAAGAAAAAAAGAAGAAUGGGCUGGGAUCCAGACAUGUGCUGCUAGAAUAGACCUCUGUGCAUCUUUAUGUUCUUUUCAAUAACCUUGUCUGGUUAGAAAAAGACAAAGGUGGAAAUAUCUUAUCACUCUUUUCCUGAAAAUGCUUCCCUGCUCUUCAUCCGCGCAGAUGGAGGGAUGCGAGGAGGAGAGGGACGCGCACAUGCAAACAGAGUGCAACAGACUGACGGAGGAGAGAGACGAGGCCGAGAGACAACUCAAACACAUCAAGAGAGUGUCUCAGAUGGUGAUUGAGGAGGUGAGCGUUCUGCAGACUCAGCUGGAGAUCGAGAAGUCGUGCCGGGAGAAUGCAGAAGCCCUGGCCACAAAGCUGAACUGUGAGAACAGGAAGUUUAAGUACCUGAGUCUGUCAUCUCGCCCGUGUUUGGAUGAGCUGCUUCCCAGCAUCUCAGACUGCAUCGCUCUGGAGGCCGACGGGGACGCAGACACCGCUGAUGGAAGUCCUGAUACCUUCACACAGUACCAACAGCAGGUUAAAGAGCUGAGGGAGACCGUAAACACCUUACUGGAGGAAAAGAAGAAUUUCGUGUGUCAGAUUCAUGAACAGCAGAGACGGAUAGAAGAGCUGACUUCACAGUCAGAGAAAGAUCAGGCCGAGAUGAAGGAGCUUCGUGAAACUGUUCAGCAGCAGAGUAAAACCAUCAAGAGAUUCAAUAGAGUGUCGAUGAUGGCAGCUCAGGAGUAUGACGGGAUGAAGGACCAGCUGGACUUGGAGCAGAGUCUGAGAGUCAAAGCUGAGACGUACGCACACGAGAUGCUGGUGAAGCAGAAGGAGGCCAACAGGCAGAGCAUGCUGCUGCUGCAGAGUGCUGAGCCCAGCGUUCAGCUGCUGAAAGCUCUGGAGGACGUCGCUGCCGUCACCAAAACCCUGGAGGAGGAGCGUCUGCAGCAUCAGCAGAAGGUGGAGAGCCUGGAGGCACAGCUGGAGCAGAGCUGUGUGAAGAAGCAGCUGGAGGCUCUGCAGAGGCAGCUGGAGCUGCAGGAGGUGGUGAAGAAGGAGGUGGAGGGACGACUGGAGCAGGCAGAGAAGAAAAACGAGGAGCUGGAGAACAGAGUCCACAAGCUGCAGGAGACCCAGACUAAGGUUGACUUGACGCCCAGCAUAGAGCCCCCUCCCCCUGAACCUGGGGUUGCUCCGCCGCCAGCCCCUCCCCCACAGCCGCCGCCUCCCCCUCCUCCUCCACCGCCACCCCCUCCUCCACCUCCCCCCUCGAGAUGCAACCCCCUCAGCUCUCUGAUCGCCAUCAUGAGGAAAUCCUCCAAAGGCUCGAAAGCCUCUGUGAAGACUGAGCAGCCUCCAGCUGGCGAGGGGGAUGACGUGAAGGCGAAGGCGGUGAAUGAAAUGAUGGAGAGGAUCAAACAUGGCGUCGUGCUGCGGCCUGUCAAGAGUCAGGAGACCAAGAGGGUCGCAGUAAAACCGCCUCCAGUCUGUGAGGAGAAACCGCAGGAGAGCGCCAUGGAGGAGCUGAAAGGCAUCCUGGAGACGGUGAAGAGGAGCCCCAGCCGAGGGUCUCAGGAGUCGGGCCCGUCGCCUCCCGGGAAGAAGGACAGCGAGCUGGAGGUCAUCCUGAGGCGCCGGCGCAACAAGGCAGGAGAAGCUGGCUCCGGAGAUGAAGGCCAGAUGAGCCACGUGUCCUCCUCAGACAGCCUGAAUGGGGGACGCACCAGCAGUGACUCGGGCAAAGAUACAGAGGGCCCGGGGGGGCUGAGCGUCCCCGCUGACCCUGCUGCUCCCAGGGUGAGUCCAGAGAGACGGGGGUCAGGACCGGGACCUGUCGUGGCCCGGAGGAAGAGCUCCGACACGUGCAAAGAGCCCAGAGUGGGCUCCUGGCAGGAGAGGAGGUCCUGCAGCUCCCUGUCUGAGAAGGAAACCACAGAGUCUCCGGUCAGCAACGGCUGCAUCAACAGCGUGGGGGACGAUGAUCGAAAUGCGCCCGAGAAGUGCGUCCAGUCAAACGGAGUCGAACACGCCCAACCCGCUGAGGACGCACACGCCACCGUCUGUGCCGGCCCCGUCAACGGCAGCACCGACGCCGAGUGCUAGGAAGGAGUCUGAGGGUCCCGGGCCUGUUUCUGUAAUCUGACCCGAGCAUUUAUUUAGUCGAUAUUCACUCUCAGAUCAGAAGGUUCAGGGUGCGAUCACACAUUUAUCUCUUGUUUAUUGGGUCAAAAACAGAGUGGGAAAGUUUACUUUUUUUCUGAUUUACACUAACCACUUAAAUACUAACUGUAAGGAAAGAUCCAAACAUUGAAGCUUUUUCACCACUUGUCAAAAAGCCUGAAUCUAAGUGCAAGUUUGAAGUUUAAAUGUAAUUUCUCUCACACACUUGAACUGCUGCAGAUAAACUGUGACUGUGAACGCACCCUGACCUGUCCAGCCAUUGUAGAAACCUCCUCAAACAAACUAACGGUCGCUCAUUAAUACAUACUGAAACUAUUUUUCUUAACUCCAAACAAUUUGAGGGAAAAAUACCUUCAUAAAUUUGCAGCUAAAAUUAAAAACAAAUUAUAUUUACAUUUAAUAGCUCCCCUUUUUUGCCUUUUUACUCACUGAGUUAUACAACAUUCAUAUAACUGCAACUUCUUUAACCUCAGAGUCAUUGAUUCAUAGUCAGCACAAAGAUAUAAAAAAAAGUAUAUAUAAAAUUUUAAUGCAGAUGAAAUUAUGGGUUAUUAUUGGGGUAGGAAGCAAGAAAAUAAAAUUCUGACACAGGUGUCUAAAAGUUAUUAAAAUGAAACAGUUGAAAAAGGUAAAUAUUACUCUUUAAUUAUCACUCUUUAAUUAAACCUGCAUGGACCUGCCAUAUAAUGAAGUGAAGUAUUAGUAUGAAAUGAAUUAAAGGAUUAAAUGUUCUCAACACAAUCAAAUGGUUCAAUAACAUUACAUGUAAAAAGGCUACAAGAACCUUAAGUCACAUAAACAGGCUGUGGUGACAGAGUGGGGCUUCCUGCAAUGGCUGAUAAUCUGAGUUUAUAAUUGGAGCAUUAUCAGUCUGCUGCACAUCAGUUCUCUUCUUUGAAGCUUUCUGAAAACAGACCCGUGGAUCCUGCAGGACGGACUGACUGAACUGUAUGAGGGAAGCUGCACUUUUUUGCACAGAACCUCAGUUUUCUUCAGACACUUCAGCUUGUACAAUGACUGCAAAGCUUUAGGUUGAUGUUUUGUUCUUUUCUUCUUCUAUUUGAUGCACAAAGGAUCUGUUCGAUAUCACUUUGUGUCAUCAGAAGGAAUGCACUGUACUGUUCAGAAUCCAGCAAUUCAACUUCUUCUGCUUCUCCUCUUCUUUAUUCCCAGUCGUCACAGGGCUGCACAGUGGAUGUGUCGUCACUAGCUUCAUCAGUGGCAAUAUUGAAACAGUUUUAAACUGCUUUCACUUCAACCACUGAGACAAGUUAUUCUUUAACAGGGCUGGUACAAAAACUGCUGAAUUGAAACAAACUAAACAAGUCAAUAAAUCAAUUUGCAUCAUUCUUUCACGAUGCUGCACAGUCGGCUUUCAAAAAAAGUACUGUAAGUACCAAGAAACUUGACUUCCUGAGAAAAAGUGCAUCCACUGAUGAAGUCCAAAACCUGUACUAAGCUGUUAAACUUGUGUAUUUCAGACCUCUAAUUGUGCAGCCCUGUUGGUAGUAUCCAGGUAUCUAGAGUAUCUCAUUCAUGAACUUUUUCUGUUCAGUCCGACCUCUUCCUGAAUAUAAAUGGAGGGAGGCUGAGUGAAAACAGCCAGGAACAAUAUUUACAGCCAGGGUACAUUUAAAGCGCUGCACGUGGAAAAACGUAUACUUUACUGCUCUUCCACUUCUGCUGCUGAGGCUCCCGUCCAGGUUUCAGCGUGUCGACUAUCAGUGUGCCGUCAGGCUUGUGAGGGUUUGAAUUUAAUGCGUGUGACUCUUAUUUCAGGUUAGGAGGAACAACAGCAGAAACGGUAGCACAGUUCCAACUAAAUCACAUCUAACUGAAAUGUUCUCAGGGUCCGUGUGACGAGAUUUCACCAAACCAGGUGUCGAUUACAGCGAAACGUUAGAGAGAAAUAGAAAGCCAUUUUUUUUAAACCAGUGGUUAUAUGAGCAAAGGAUUAGAGCAGCUUUGGAGGAAUGAUUUGCCUGAUUUCUUUGUCUACCUCUCCACAAACACCUGCCUAUAAACCUCCUGAAUUACAUUUUGUGGUGUGAAAACUGUCACCGUCCCUUCACCAGAGUCUUCCACACGCCUUCCUCCACUGAGUCUUGUAUGCACACAUUCUGAGACACGCUCAUUGAUUCUGUACUUGCAUCACAUUUCACCGUGCAUUCCUUGACUUUUAUUUUGUAGGGCUGUACCGUCUAUAUAUUAUAGCUUUCCUGACACGUGAUGCAACAUUAAGAACAAAUUUUUCGAAGAGUAUGCAAUUACAUAAGGCACAUUUGUAUGAUGCUUUCACACCUUGUCAUUCUUUCUUAAACACACAGGAUCACAUUUAAAAAUGCAUUUUGUUCUGUCCAUUGGGUGUAUUUUAUUCUAAUGCAGAGGACCGGGUGUGAAGGAGUAAACGUGCUGCACAAUAAACAACCCACCGAGCCGCUGAGCCGCCACAGGCCUGGAUAUUCAGCAUAUCGAGGCCUUGCACAGGCCUUCAGGCGGCCGUGGAGUUGGCCCGCAGCCGGGUUCAUGUUCUGGGUCCUUGUACUGAUCGCAUAGUUGUUUAACCAAGUGGCUACUUAUAAAAGGGAUUUACUGUAUCUGACAGAGUUUGGGUGACUAUAGAUAUUGUGUGUGUUUGGGAUAUAAAUGGAGUGUUAAAAAAAAAGUUUUUUAAAACAUGGAUUUUCAUUUUAGCAUCACUUGAAAUAAAUUGAAACUAAAACAAG